UUCCUUUCAGGCUCAGCUUCUCUUCUCCACUUCCAGACCAUAAAAAACUCACUGUUCCUCCUCCGCAUCGUUAUUCAACCACUAAUGGCUUCCUCGUCGUUGUUUUCUUCCCUUCGCUCUCGCUCAAAAUCCUUACUCAGUUCCCUCAAGCUCAACCUCAAGACUUCUCAUUCUUGUUCCCAAAAUCCCAUCAGAAACUCAAUCGACUCAAAACCCGUCUCUAAUGGCUUCUAUUAUCAUCGUCAUCAAGCGAACCGCUCGUCCUUCCUCUUCUCAUGGCCGAGCUCUCUUCUUCCGUUGGCUCUCGCCGUCUCCGCUGGCUCGCUUUCUCUCUGCGAUUCGUCCGAAAUCGAUUCUUCUCGAGUUUUGAGCUUUGGGGGCAAAGGUAGCACAGACUACGUGGUGAAGGGCUCACACAAGGAAGUUCCACAAGAGUUUAUGGAUGAAUUGAAGGCUAUAUGUCAAGAUCGCUUAACAAUGGACUAUGACGAGAGAUAUUUCCAUGGGAAACCACAAAAUAGCUUUCACAAAGCUGUUAACAUCCCUGACGUGGUUGUUUUUCCUAGGUCUGAAGAGGAAGUGUCCAAGAUAGUCAAGUCGUGUAAUAAGCAUAAGGUUCCUAUUAUACCAUAUGGUGGAGCUACCUCAAUCGAAGGUCACACCUUAUCUCCUAACGGAGGUGUUUGCAUUGACAUGUCAUUGAUGAAGAAAGUUAAAGCAUUACAUGUUGAGGACAUGGACGUGGUUGUUGAACCUGGGAUUGGAUGGAUAGAGCUUAAUGAAUACCUGGAGCGUUAUGGUUUAUUCUUUCCCCUUGAUCCGGGACCUGGUGCAACCAUUGGGGGUAUGUGUGCUACACGUUGCUCAGGUUCAUUAGCUGUCAGGUAUGGAACAAUGCGCGACAAUGUCAUUAAUCUUAAGGUAGUUCUCGCCGAUGGAGAUGUUGUAAAGACGGCAUCUCGUGCUCGAAAGAGUGCUGCAGGGUACGACUUGACCCGUCUUUUAAUUGGAAGUGAAGGAACUCUUGGUGUAAUAACAGAAGUGACUCUUCGGCUUCAGAAAAUUCCGCAAUAUUCAGUGGUUGCCAUCUGUAAUUUUCCUUCAGUUAAGGAUGCAGCUGAUGUUGCUAUUGCUACUAUGCUUUCUGGUAUACAGGUAUCAAGGGUAGAGCUACUGGAUGAGGUUCAAAUCAGGGCCAUCAAUAUUGCUAAUGGAAAAAACUUGCCUGAAACUCCAACGUUAAUGUUUGAAUUCAUAGGCACAGAGGCAUAUUCACGCGAGCAAACACUAAUUGUUCAGAAGAUUGUUUCCGAACACAAUGGCUCAGACUUUGUUUUUGCUGAAGAACCGGAAGCAAAGAAAGAACUUUGGAGGAUAAGGAAGGAGGCGCUUUGGGCUUGCUUUGCAAUGCAACCUAAUUCUGAGGCAAUGAGUACGGACGUCUGUGUUCCUCUUUCGCACCUUGCAGAACUAAUUUCAAGGUCCAAACAAGAGCUGGAUGCGUCCCCAUUGGUUUGCACAGUCAUUGCUCAUGCCGGUGACGGAAACUUCCACACAAUUAUCCUCUUUGACCCUACCAAAGAAGAGCAACGGCAGGAAGCAGAGAGAUUGAACCAUUUUAUGGUCCAUACUGCUUUGGCAAUGGAAGGAACUUGCACGGGCGAACAUGGCGUCGGCACGGGGAAAAUUAAGUAUCUUGAAAAAGAACUAGGAGUGGAGGCAUUGAAGACAAUGAAAAGAAUAAAAGCGGCAUUAGAUCCCAACGAUAUCAUGAACCCAGGAAAGCUCAUUCCUCCACACAUUUGUUUCUAAGAGCUCUCUCUCUCUCUACAUCUGAUAUGAAUGUGGUGAAUAUCUGUUCCUGCGUCUGCGUUGCCAUGUGCAUCCUUGUACAUCGUGUGCAGGUCUUUCGUUUCGUUCCGCCACUCGCACUAUGUCCUCUACUAUGGCGCUAGGGCCAUCUAGGUCCAUCUACCUUAGCUUUCCCACUUCUUUUUGUUGUUGAUACUGAAAAUGGGUAUUUGAAAAUAAUGUUAAGAGAAUUGAUUUCUCAGGAAUAUUCUUGCACACUACCCUCCACUUCCAUUGAGGUCAAAGCUUGUCAGCUAUUUGGAUAUGAGGGCAUAAAGUAAUUUAAUGUUCACUCCGCAUUUAAUAUCUUUGCCUGUUUUGAUAGUUGACUGUGACCCAUAAGCAUGUAUAUACACACACAUAUAUA